AGUGCUGACGAGAGAUCGGAGUGUUGCUAAAUAUUGAAGUUUCUUCGCUGUUCGGAGCUGUGCAACGACAACGUCACAACUCAAACAAGACAGAUCAACGGUGGAAAAGAAAACACUUUGGGGCGAUGUAUAAGUCUUCUAACGACGAGUUCCAGUUCAUUGUGGACUCCAGUAACGGUAUGGAAUUGCCAGGCGGCUCAAUAAAAGUAACUGAAGAUUCUGUGAGCAACAAAACUGGCUAUGGCAUUACACAGCAUGGAGUUACUGCUCAUUUUCUUCGCGCCAAAGGCUUUGACUGGUUACUGGAAGAAGAAGAUUUGGAUGAAGAAGAUCAGAAACCAUUACUUGAAGAAUUGGAUAUAGACUUGAAAGACAUCUACUACAAACUGCGAUGUGUUCUCUUUCCUAUUCCACAACUUGGAUUCAAUAGGCAUAUUGUGAGAGAGAGCCCUGACUUCUGGGGUCCACUACUUGUUGUACUUCUCUACUCAGUAAUAUCGCUCUAUGGACAAUUCAAGGUAGUUUCAUGGAUUCUCACAAUAUGGAUCUUUGGAUCUUUUGUCAUCUUCCUGCUUGCCAGAGUUUUAGGUGGCGAGGUCAGCUACUCACAAUGCCUAGGAGUGAUUGGAUAUUCUGUGUUGCCACUGCUGAUCAUAGGAACCAUCAUGCCCCUUCUCAAGUCCUUUGAUUACCUCACCAUGGUAUUCAAACUACUUGGUGUGCUGUGGGCAGCAUACAGUGCAGGAUCACUGCUUUGUGUACAAGAGCUACAACAAAAGAAACCAUUAAUUUUGUAUCCUGUUUGUCUCCUCUACAUAUACUUUCUCUCACUCUAUACUGGUGCAUGAGUAGGUGGUGUAACAUUACUGCUCCAUAAAAACAUGUCACUGUCAAGAAGGUGAAAUGUUCAUUUGUCUUAUUUUAUCAACUUAUCCUGUAUUACUCCUUUCACAGUAGUGAAGCUGUGAUUGAUCGUGCUGAAGAAAGAAAAAAUGCUGUUCCAUUCAGAAGCAGGACCCCAAUCACUUGCUACUGGAAGUGGUAGAUGACUGAUGUGUCCAUAUCAUUGCUGGUCACGGUACAGAACACAUGUGCUGCUAGUUAGACCUCAGUUUUUGCUGUUUGCUGUCCUUGUGCCUUUCAACACUCUGAAAACCCAUAUCUUUCCCCCUGUGACGGUUGGUGUCCGGUUUGGUGUAUUUUAUAUGCACCUUAUAUGCACCUACGCAAGUGAAGGCGACAGUUUGUCACAGUUUUUCACUUGUCAUUCUGUUCCACCAUUUUGAACUGCUAAACAUGUCACGGUCCCUACCGUGAAUAUUGUUCUGUAUUUCAUGGCUGGCUAGGUACAUUAUGUAUAAGCAUUAUGUGUAAAUACCUUUAGCACUUUAUCCAGUGUAAUACUAUUGUUAUAUUUCACUAUUGAUAAUCGUUAACAAACUAUAUUGAUCAAUGAUCAAUAAGUAUCAGAGAAGUAACUUUAAGAUAAAACAACAUAGUUCACUUCACUUUUGAGUGGUGUCACAUUUAUGCAUUGAUUACUUUGUGGACAUUUAAGAUAUAACAAGAUCAAACGCUUUCUGUCUUUGGCAAUGGACAUAACAAGUCUGCUUCAGUAAAUUAAAACUUCAUUUCAUCACAAUAGAUUGUAAGAUAUUAUCAAUGGCAUAAUUUUCAUAUCUUAAUCAUUUAUAUUUCUUCACAUCAAUGAAAACUGAUUAUCAGUCUUUUUAGCCAGCCCUACCACUUUUUUAAUAUUGUGAACUUUAAUUUGGUUAGAUCUCCAUAAUUGGAGGCCAUACAUACUGUAACCUUUGCGUAUUUGUUUAACAAUUGGCACUAAUUACUUGCCCUUUAAACUGUUGUAUGGUAACUAUAGAGUUAAACGUUAAUUUACUACAAUGUAACUUUCUUUAUUGGAAAUAAAAUCUGUUUGCUUUGCUCUUUA